UCCAUGCUGUGUGCAUAUCUACGGGGGGUAACAAGAGCGUCUUCAAAGUCACUCGAAAUCUUUCCGUUGAGAUUGGCAAUAUGAAUAAUAGAUGUUGGUUAUUGGAUGACUAUUUAUGGAAUGGUGAAUAUUGUGGUUCACUAUUCGAACCAUCAUAUUUCCAAGGCACGAAUACAGAAUGAGAUACUGUUUUUACAGUCGUUCUUACCUUUACUGAUAUAUUAUGUCUGUUAUUUCUUUAUGUCUAACAGGAAGUCAUUCUUUCCUUCUUGGAACAGAACAAUAGCUUAUGGUCCUGUUGCUGUAUUCCGUGCAGGUUCUUUAUAUUCCAUGUUUCAGGCCUUAAAGUACUGCUCUUUUCGUACUGUUGGAGCUGGUCGUUUUAUUGCUCCUAUACUAACUUCUCUCUACGAAGUGUUUGUUCUACAGUCCGUUCGUUGGAGUAGGAUUCAGUUUCUUUACCUUGUGGGGACUUUUAUGGGUGCUGUAUUGUCGUUUGGAGAUGUUGAGUUUUAUGGUAAUAUCCUUUCUAUUCCAUGGAUAACUAUGAGUGUGGUUUGUACAGCUGGUGGAACUAUCUACGCGAAGCAUUUAUUUGUUGCAGUGUAAAAUUUGUCCGGCUCAAGCGAGCUUUUUGGAAAAUUUGUAUUGUAGUGUCUUCUUUCUUUUACAAUCCUUUUGGUCGGUACCGUAUGGGUGGAAACAACAGAGUUGGAAAGAUUCCGUAUCGUUGACUUGGAUCACCAAAGCUACCUUUUUCAUCUCUGUUUUCACUGGCUAUCUUAUCAUUUUAUCGAUGCAGCAUUUGCGUAAAGCACUCGGACCAACCAAGUUUCUGGUAUUUGCUGGACUGAUUAGGAUAAAUAGCCUGUUUCUUGUUUCUAAGUUACUCUUGAAGAGUCUUUCGUGGAGCGGUUUGGCAGGAGUGGGGUUGAUUGUGGGGUGAAAUACUUGAUUCACCAAAAUAUAAAAUACAGUCCAUCAGGAAAUUCUAAAGAUGUUGCCAUUUCGUCACCAUAGUGGAUCUUCGAAGCUUGCAGGUAGGAGUUUACAAGUCAACACCAAGAAACAGCUAUAAGAAGUAUGAUAAAAGCACAAAAUACCAAAUGAAUAUUGAAAUAUGUAAUAGUUCAUUCCGACAUUAUUUAUUUCUAGACGGAAGAAUUUCUAUCGUUAUGACCAUCGAUAAUUCAUCAUGAUGAUGUACUUUGAAGAACUUGCAGAUUGAUUAAAAAUUCCGUUUAUUUC